CCGGCCUGGAACUCGUUUCCGUACAAUUGGAGCUCCAACAACAUUCAAAUGCUGGCGGCGGCGGCUGAGGAGCCGAGGCAGCAGAUGGCUCCAAGGCCCACCGUCCACAGCACCGGAGGCAAGGUGUGGAGAUCCCCGAGCAACAACAACAUGACGUGCAAGACACAGCCUUCGACACCCAACGAUGCAUGCUACACCCCUACCGCUGCGACCGCCGCCGCCGCCGCUGCUGCAGCUGUUGUACCGUACGGCAGUGCCGACGUUACCCCGGCGGCGCGUCCGAGGCUGCUGACGGCUGAGACAUCCGCCCUGGUGCGUUCAUCCCUCGAUGAAGACGAGACCUGCCUGUUCCUAAGCCCCGGCACCGACCUAUCCGCUUCAAUGGGCAUGCGCCACGUGGCGAGCGGAAGUGCGCUGCUGAGCUACGGCGCGGCGGCGGCGACUUGCAACCGCAGCCCUUCAGUCGUUUCGGCAACCCAAUGGCGCCCGCGCGAGCCUGG